GUUGCAUUAUUUUACACUAUAUUGUUGAGAUGAUAAAUAGUCCUUCGAAUAUAUGCAGGGAUGAUGAUAUACCUGGCGUUUCUAAUCUGCCUAGGAAGUAGAGUAGUUAUAAGUGAAAAUACAACAGCCGAUGGAUGUGCAGGGGAACUAAGUUUAAAUGAUGGAAGUGUCAGUGUAAAGUGCAUUAAUUUCACAACAAGCUGUAUAGCCACAUUUAAAUGUCUACCUUGUUAUACCAUCCAAGGUCCUGCACAUAUAGCUUGCAUUGAUGGUGUAUGGGUGUCACAAAACAGUUCCCACUGCCGCAGAAAGGAGAAUUGGUGUCAAAUACUUCAGGUUCCAGCCAAUGCACAAAUAUCAAGCAGUCACAAUGCUUGUGGAGAUACUGUUGUAGUUAGUUGUUUGAAAGGAUAUUCACCUGUUAAUCUCUACAGACAUACGUGCAAAUCAAAUCGACUGUGGUCUGGAAAAGUAGUUGCUGAAUGCAAAAAACUCUCAAACCGAAACAACACUGUGCAAUGUCCUGAUAUAAGCCAACCAUUGAAAACAGUUUAUUUGAGAGGAGGCAGUAUUAACAACAACCGUGUUGGUGAUAUUAUAUUAUUUGGUUGUCUAAGGGGCCUCUCGCCCACAAGUUCUUUAAAAUUAACGUGCUUGGCGGAUGGAACCUGGAACAAUCAGUUGCCAUUCUGUGAAAGAUCAAAUGUCACAUGUCCUGACAUCAAGAUAUCUAAUACUAGCAAACUACAAAUAGUAGAUGGCAACCCAAAGAACAACGCUCAUAACAAUUUUGUCAAAUUUGGAUGUGAUAGUGGAUACAACAUAGAAGGAAAACAUCGUUUACUUUGUCUACAAGAUGGUUCAUGGAAUCAUCCAAUACCCGAGUGUACAGAGAGGCCAGUUUGCCAGGACCUCGUGGUAUUAGAUAGAUAUGUCUACGUUAGACCUGGAUAUGGGUUAUCAGCAAAUAGAGACGGGGAUUCUGUGCUUUUUGGAUGUGCGUUAGGAUAUCAUUCUAAUGAUCCUAUGAAACUAAGUUGCAAUGAAGGAACGUGGAGUUCACCUGUACCACGAUGCACUCUCAUAGUUGUUAGUUGUCCAAACCUAGCCAUUUUGGACCCUUAUCUCCUAAUAGUAGCUGGACAGCCUUUUGACAAUGGAAACCGUGACAGUAUUGAAUUUAUGUGUAAGAAAGGGUUCAUAAUGAUGGGAGAAAAUGUACUAUUUUGCACCCCCGAUGGCUUUUGGAGUGGUGGGGGUAUUGUUCCAACAUGUGUAGAGGCAAGUAACAUGUGUACAAAUAUUACACUUCCUGAACAUGCAAUUAUUCUGGAAGGACAGUUGAUGAACAAUACAGAUGGAGACAGAAUCGGGUUUUCCUGUGAAGAAAGCUAUGCUAUGAAUGGAAAUCCUAACAUCUCUUGUGUAGAGCAGCACCUGAUGACAAUCCACGGAAGCCAUAUGAAUCUCGAUAGUGGAGUAGUUUGGGAUCAACCCGUACCAGAAUGUUUAGCUGCUAAUACUGGUGAUUGCCCUGACCUUGUUAUGCCAAGGUAUGGCAAGAUUGUACACGGGAAGCUAGUUGGGAAUAGAAUUGGUGAUAUCGUCAGUAUUACAUGUUUACCAAAGUAUUUCCGAUGGGGUGUAAAACGAAGAGUAUGUUUAGAAGAUGGGACUUGGAGUAAAGAACUACCAAUAUGUUUAAAAUAUACCACACCAUGUCCACACAUAAUACUACCAGAUGACUCUAAACUAGUUGUUCUAAAGGGUAAACUUAUUGGAAACAUGGUGAAUGAUAGAGUAAUAUUCGAUUGUGAAAAUGGCUUUACAAUAGAGGGCAUCCCUUUGUUGACGUGUUUGCGCAACAUAACAUGGAGUUACAUUUUACCAACUUGCAAAUUAAGUAUGUGUCUAGGGAGUCCAACGAGUAUAGCACAUGGUGAUAUUAUUGGACUGAAUUCCAGAUAUAAUAUUGGGGAUAGUGUCGAGUACAAAUGUAAUUUUUGUUAUCAACUAAUUGGAGAGAGAAUUUACCGUUGUAUUCAAGGCGGGUGGAAUCCGUUUAACCCACCUAGCUGUUCAAGAUAUAUAUGCCAGUUGAAAGAUAUGCUAUUAGUUGAAAAUGGAAGGGUGCUUAAUUUCCUUUCGGGAGGUCAGUCUUCACUAGCAUGUGGUGAUUCAUUGAUAUACGUUUGUGAAGCUGGUUUCAUCCUACAAGGAGACGCUGUUGUUGAUUGUGAUGACAGAGGAAGAUGGAGUUCCCAAAAACCGAUAUGUCUGAGAAAUGCAACUUGUCAAGACAUACCUAGAACCAUACCUAAUGGAAAAGCUCGUCGGGUACAAGACAGAUACAUAGAGGGCAGUAUCGUCGAGUAUGUGUGCCAUCAAUGUUACAAACUAUCUGGAGCGAGUACAUUAAGAUGUCAAGCAAAUCAAACAUGGGAUAGCAAAGUUCCCAUCUGUUCCAAAAUUAGAUGUACUGAUAUAAAUUCUCUUUGGCUACCAGUGGAAAGAGUGGGGAGAUCUACCAGUAGUACUCUUUAUAAGAAAGUGGUGAUGAAGUGUGAUUUUCCAUUGACUUGCAUGAUACCAGUAGUUAUCUCUGGUUGUGGUAUUCCUGCAAUUAGUUCAAGGAUUCUCGGGGGUAAGGAAGCAAAACCACACAGUUGGCCCUGGGCUGUGGCUAUGCUACAUGAUGGUGAGAUACAGUGUGGUGGAAGUAUUAUCCAUCCAAAAUGGAUCCUCACAGCUGCACAUUGUGUUAAAGGAUUGCACUGGGGUUUCGUCGUCUACAAUUUCGAUGAUCCAAAUAAAUGGACAAUCCUCUUAGGAAAACAUGAUCUAGCAAACAAGGUUGAAAACAACACAAUGAAAGCACGUGUAUUGGAGAUAAUCUUACAUGAAAACUACGACUACUCAUCGUUUGAAAAUGAUAUCGCAUUAUUCAAAAUCGGUGCUUCUGUGAAUUAUACAGACACAAUAUCCCCGAUAUGUCUACCUUACAAAGAUAUACUGAAGAGAAACGUCGGUAAGAUCUCAAAAACGUACAAUUGUACAGCUAUUGGAUGGGGCCGGAUAUCAAUGACUAGUGCACAUAGCAACAAGCUCAGACAGGUUACCAUGCCAACGAUUCGACAUUCAGUUUGCAAUAGGGAUGAUUGGUAUGCUGGUCAGAUUAAGAAAACAAUGUUUUGUGCAGGAAAGAAAGAUGGAAGUGUUGAUACGUGUCAGGGUGACUCGGGAGGUGGCUACAGUUGUUCCUACAAGGGCCAUUGGAUGUUAACGGGAUUGACAAGUUGGGGACGUGGGUGUGGACGGGAAAUGUCACCAGGUGUCUACACAAAGCUGACAUAUUACUACACCUGGAUAAUUUCAACUAUGAUCGCUGGUUCACCAAAGAAAACAAUGAACAACAAUACAAAACACCAAUCCAAUUAAGAAACUAUGUUAUAUGUUGCUCUGGAGUUAGCUUGUCAACUAUGACCGCUGGUUCACAAAAGAAAACAAU